ACUGGAUCGAAUCAAAACAUAUUUUUUAAUUAAAUUCGUACGUAAACGAAUCCGAUGAAUUUUAUGGAAAACUAUGUCAUCUGUUUUUGAAAAAUCAAAAUAGAUGUAUUUUAUUUAUCCAUCUAUGCAAAUUUUGUAAUAUUUUUCUUUCCAGAGUUAAAUUUGUGAAAAAUGUCUAGAGACGCUCGUCACUGUUUCAUCAAGCUUCGCCGCCAUGUCUGAAGUCGGUCUGCGUCUUUGUAAUUCGUGUUGUGCUAUUUAUUGUUUCUAAAAGGCAGUGAUUUUUGAUAUCAUGGACGAUGAAUUUAUAAAAACAUGAAUUAACUAUGAACUUUGAUUAUGUGUGUAGUGUUUAAUAAAACGUAGCAAAUCGAUAAAUUCCGUUUUCGAAGAAGGUACUCCAACAUCUCAACAUCGUAUUUUUAGUUCGUCCGCCAUAUUGGCGUUAAUAAUCUUUUCAUUCUAUAGUAAGUACCAAAUUGUAUCAGUUUGGUUCUUUAUUCAUCACAUCCUACCCUGCAGUCAUAUGCAAGGUGCAAUAAUUUAUCAGCCAAUGACUGGGCUGGAUUGUUUCUAGGUGCAAAAGCACCAACAAAAAUUUAUUAUGAUAGAUUGGUUUAAUGUAAUCAGAGGAUAUAGCUGAUGCCUCUUAGCCAGAAAUUGGAUGAACCUCUUGUUACUAUUGAGGUAGAUUGCUGACUCCAGCACAAUGCAGCAGGCUGUUGAUCCUCUCGCAACAACUAGUACGCCUACGGCGGAAACCGUCAAUGGCGCUCCGCCUGAUGAAACGCCAAGGCGACAAGGGCGCGUGACGAAUCAGUUACAGUUCCUUCAAAAGAACGUCAUGAAGGCUGUAUGGAAACACAAAUUGGCAUGGCCCUUCCAUCAACCUGUUGAUGCGAAAAAGUUAAACCUUCCAGAUUACCAUAAAAUCAUAAAGAAACCAAUGGAUCUGGGCACCAUCAAGAAGCGACUUGAGUCCAACUAUUACUACUCAGCACAAGAAUGUAUCCAGGAUUUUAACACUAUGUUUACCAAUUGCUAUGUCUAUAACAAACCGGGAGAGGAUGUGGUUAUCAUGGCACAGACUUUGGAAAAAUUAUUUCUGAAUAGGAUAGCUCAAAUGGAAAAAGAAGAGAAAGAAAUCGAGGUCCCGUCGAAAGGUGGUAAAGGGGGAGUGAAGAAGCGAGCAGGCGGCGGCGCUCCUGGCGGCGCAGCGGGCGCGGCGGCGGGCGGCGGCGCGGCGCCGGGUGCGCCGGCCGGCGGCGCCGCGCGCGCUCCGGUCAAGACACUGGCGGCGCCGCCACACCCCGCCCUCUUCAGCUCCAACAAUUCCACCACUGCGGCCUCUAUUCCGCCGCCCGCGGCCACCCCACCGGCCACUCAUACCGGCCUCCCUCAACAGGUUACUACGCAGCCAUCGAGUUUUCACGUUGCCCAACCUACCACACCCGUUACUAUUCCGACAGUUGCCCUGUCUCAGACGCAACCCGCUAAGGUUAAAAAAGGCGUGAAGAGAAAAGCUGAUACUACUACACCUAUGGGAAGUUCGUUUGAAGGAGGUUACAUAACACCUACUAUUGAUCAGCAAAGUGGACCUAAACCAGCAAAAAUUUCAACAAGGCGAGAAAGUGGUCGGCAAAAGAAGACAAGUCGAGUGACAGAAGAUAAUUUUAAAAUGGGUGGAUUAUCUCCUGGUGUGGGUGGAGCUGGUGCUUCACAUCAUUCUACAAUAACCCCACAACUAGCUAAGGGCAAAGAGAAACUUUCAGAUGCUUUAAAAAGUUGCAAUGAAAUAUUAAAAGAAUUAUUUUCUAAGAAACAUUCGGGAUACGCGUGGCCAUUUUAUAAGCCUGUAGAUGCGGAGUUGCUUGGAUUACAUGAUUAUUUUGAUAUAAUUAAAAAACCUAUGGAUUUAGGAACUGUUAAACAGAAGAUGGAUAAUAGAGCGUACAAAACAGCUGCAGAGUUUGCUGCUGAUGUACGUUUAAUAUUCACAAAUUGCUACAAAUAUAAUCCACCAGAUCAUGAUGUUGUUGCAAUGGCGCGGAAACUGCAGGAUGUAUUUGAAAUGAGGUAUGCCAAGAUUCCUGAUGAACCUGUCCAUGUUGGUGUACCUCAUAUAGAUAAGGGCAGCUCUGCAUCAAGUUCAGAAUCAGGCUCUGAAUCGGAUUCCGAGUCCGAUGAUUCGGAAGAAGAGAGAAAUAACAAAGUAAAACUCCUUGAGAAAGAACUCCUAGCUCUUCAAGAAAAGAUGAGGAAACUUGUUGAAGAGUCUAAUACCAAGAAAAAGGCAAAGAAGAAAAUGAAAGAAAAACAGAAGAAACAAAUCACAAAUAGUAGUCUACCCAAAGCCAAUACUGUAGCUGCUUAUGGAACGAAAGCAAACAAUAUAGCUGAUAAUAUAGCGACGCCGGGUGUUCGCGGUAAAGGCGCGAGGUCACGGGGCGGCGCCGGCGGCGCGGGGGGCGGCGGUGGAGGCGGCGGCGGCGCGGGCGGCGGCGCUGGCAAAGGGGCCGCGCGCGGCGCCCCCGCCGCCAAGAAAAAGAGCUCCACGCCGACCGCCGCCCCUGCGCCACACCAGCCUCCACACCCCGAUUCCGAGGAUGAGGACGUCGCGAAGCCCAUGUCCUACGACGAGAAGCGCCAGCUGUCGCUCGACAUCAAUAAGUUGCCAGGAGACAAACUCGGCAAAGUAGUUCAUAUAAUUCAGAGCAGAGAACCUUCAUUGAGAGAUUCCAAUCCCGAUGAGAUUGAAAUUGACUUUGAAACUUUGAAACCAUCCACCCUAAGGGAAUUAGAAAAUUAUGUAGCCUCAUGUUUACGCAAAAAGACACAUCGUAAGAUGUCUGGAAAAUCUAAAGAUGAACAAAUGGCAGAGAAAAAGCAAGAGUUGGAAAAACGAUUGCAAGAUGUCUCUGGACAGUUAGGAACUAAUAAAAAACAACAGCAGAAAAAAGAAGGAUGCAAGGACGGCUUGGGAGGUGGCAUGUCUUCCUCAUCGAGUUCGUCAGACUCGUCCAACUCGUCCUCAAGCACUGACACUAGCUCGUCAGACAGCAGUGACAGUGAAGCAGGAACUGGCUCAGGAAGAACACCUAAGAAAAAACCCAAAAAACAAGCACAUCAACAUCCACCUCAAAUUAAACCGAUGCCGCCAGUCGCACCACCAGUAUCGGCUGCGCCCGCAACCACCCCCUCCCCUGCUUCUGCCCCCGCACCUGUCGCAUCCGCGAACCCCUCCGCGGCAAUUGUCCCCGUUUCUGGACCUGCCGCUAUUCCCACUGCCACGAAGGAGACUCCCACACCCGCACCUGCAUCCGAAGUGAAGACGGAGCCGCCGGCGGCAGAUGUUAUGCCUCCUCACGUCGAGAUGAAGCACAUAGACCCUCCCGCGACACAAGCUUCGCUCAUUGCACCUGCACCAUCGCACUCUGUUAAUAAUGUACCAGAGUCCUCAGCUAUACCCAUUGCGAGAGACAGCGAGGAACAGAAACCUAGUUUGAAAAUUGAGCCCCGAAAUGGAUUGGACAAAGUUGAUUCUUCGCAUUAUAUAGAUCCUAUAGAACGUUCAUUAGCAAGUCUGGAGAGAAGCCUUAAUGCGGACGUACCUAUGGAUGUCAGUGUGGGUGUUUCGGAGUCAUCGAUGCGCCUCGAGGAUGAGUUUUCCUUACCGAAGUCACAGAUAUUGCCAGAUGCUGCACAUCACAAUCUUAUGGCACAGUUGGGGGGGCUGACUGACAUUGGACAUGUUCCCGAGCCUAUUAAGAAUGACAUGUAUGUUCCGCCCCAUAAUGGGUAUGUAGAAAAAAAUAUGCAGCAUGAUAGGGAAAUAAUGAGACCCGACAUAAAUCCUGCUGUGCCAGGAAUUACAUCUGCUGCACCUGUAUCGUCAAUUUUUGAUCCCAUACCCCCGGCUCCACAUACAGUGAUAGCACAAUCGCAUCAUAAUAUGCCUGGUGCUCCGAGUCUAAUGACCCCAGCUAUAAAAAAGGAAGACAUCAAACCACUUCUUACUCCUAAACCUAUUGAAGAUCUCAUGGGUGUCUCGAAUAUGGUUUCAAAUAACAUGUCCGAUAGAGCUAAAUACGAAAUGGAGAAAAAAAUGGAAGAUUCUAAAAAUUCUAAUUUCGUUCAAGCUUUUAAAUUGAAACAAGAACAAAAUUUGAAAAAUGCUAGCUCAUGGUCAUCUUUAGCACAAGCUGGUAGUCCACAAAGUAUUCCAACUUUAGGAACGAAUAAUCAAAUGAAACAGAAACCCGUCAUGGAUACUUUCCAAGCAUUCAAGAAACAAGCUAGAGAAAAGAUUGAUCGUCAGAGAGCACUUAUCGAACAGCAAGAAUUACGAAAGAAAGAACAAGCUGAAAGAGAAAGACAGCGACAGGAAACAGAAAGGCGACAACCCGAAGAUGAUAAAAUGAGAACGGUUCAAGGGGUCCGGAAAGUAGAGAGUGCGGAGGUGGCGUCGCCGAGUGUGUCGCCGGUAGCACGUGCGUCGCCGCCCGCCGCCGCGGCCGCAGCCGCCGCUGCCGCCGCUGCUGCUGCCGCGCCUGACAAGCCGGCCGCCAGUGAGCGCGAGAGGCUGCGUCAGCGGGAACAGGAACGACGUCGUCGGGAAGCAAUGGCCGGCCAGAUUGACAUGAACUUGCAGAGUGACUUGAUGGCGGCAUUUGAAGAAUCAUUGUAAUGUGUUUAAAAACAAUAUUAUAAAUGUACAUAUAAAUAUGUAAUUUUAAUUAGUAUAUAUAUAUGGUGAAAUGUGACACCAAAGUGAUUUUGUGUGUGAAACGUUGACUAAUAUGUGGUUAAGUGCUGUGAAUAGAUAUUUUAAAUUAAACUGUUAUACAAUCACUUUGACUUUACGCUCGUACUGAGCUUUUACUUGAGGGUUGCAUUUGAAAUAAUGUGUACUAUAUAAGUUUGUAAGUUUAAACAACUCUCUUUACAUACAUAAAUAUAUAUAUUUUGUUCUAAAAACAACUACCUUCCAUAAUUGUUUUAUAGUAUGUACUAAUGACUAGAAUGGUAGUAAUUGAAAUUGAAGAAUAAAUCAAAAUAUACUUUAUUUUAUCUAAUUGAUAGACAAUCGGAAAACCAUGAAAUCUGUUACUUCCUACACAUUUCCUCAUUGCACGAGUAAAUUUUAUGUAUACUCCAGAAAUGGCAUUUUAUAUUUUGUCACUGUUUUUAUUAAGACAAUAUUAAUUUUGCCACACAAUAGUGUCGUGGACUUGUAUGCAGUGAUUAAAUGUGUAGGCUAUUAUGUAUUUAUUAGUCGUGGAGUUUCUGUUACGUAUUCGAUUUUCGAUAAAUAUUGCUUAAUGUUAGUAGAUUUUUUAUCAGUCUGUCAUUUGAAGCAGAUCAAAUGUCAUACAUUUGAUUUGAAAUAUAUUUAUUUUACAUUGGAA